GCGAAUAAAAAACAAGAAACAAAAGCGAAGCCAGACAGAGAGGGGCAGAGGGCGUUCCUCUUCUCUGCCGACCAAAACCCUAAACCCUAGCCCGACUAAACCCCCUCCCCCCUCCUCCUCCGGCGGCGGCGCCAGCCACCGGCAGCCCACACACCAGGCGAAGAUGCCGCUGGGGCAGCGCGCCGGGGACAAGAGCGACUCCCGCUACUGCGGGGUCGAGGUGCUCGACUUCCCCGCCGGCGACGGCCUCCCCGCCGUCCUCACCCACUCCCUCUCCUCCGCCUUCGACUUCCUCCUCGCCCCGCUCGUCGAUCCCGACUACCGGCCCACGCCCGGCGCCGUCCUGCCGGUGGCGGCCUCGGACCUCGUCCUCAGCCCGUCCCAGUGGAGCAGCCACAUCGUCGGGAAGAUCAGCGAGUGGAUUGAUUUGGAUUCCGAGGACGAGCAGCUCCGGCUCGACUCGGAGCUCACGCUCAAGCAGGAGAUCGCCUGGGCGACUCAUCUCUCCUUGCAGGCGUGUGUUAUUCCUCCUCCCAAGAGGUCGACCUGUGCCAAUUAUGCUAGAGUUGUAAAUAAUAUUUUGCAAGGCCUGACCAAUAUGCAGUUGUGGCUUAGGAUACCUCUGGAGAAGUCUGAAUCUAUGGAUGAAGACCAUGACAAAGUAAAUAAUAAUAACCCCACGAGUGAAACAGUAGACUCGUGGGAAUGGUGGAAUUCAUUCAGACUGUUAUGCGAGCAUAGCAGUCAACUGUAUGUAGCACUUGAUAUCUUGAGCUCGCUGCCAUCAAUGAACUCUCUAGGGCGCUGGUUUGGGGAGCCUGUAAGAGCUGCGAUUCUUCAAACAGAUGCUUUUCUAACAAAUGCAAGAGGUUAUCCUUGCUUGUCCAAACGCCACCAGACUCUGCUUACUGGUUUUUUUAACCAUUCAGUUCAGGUAAUUAUCUCUGGGAGAUCAAAUCAUAAUGUUUCCCAAGUAUCUGAAGGAGUGCUCUCACGUGAUGAAAACCACACCGAAGAUACCCCCACUCAGCAUGCAUUGAGCCCGUACCUUGACUACAUGGCCUACCUCUAUCAGAGGAUGGAUCCACUUCCUGAGCAAGAACGCUUUGAGAUCAACUAUAGGGAUUUCUUGCAAUCUCCUCUCCAGCCUCUGAUGGAUAAUUUGGAAGCUCAGACGUAUGAGACUUUCGAGAAAGACACUGUGAAGUAUACACAGUAUCAAAGAGCAAUCGCUAAGGCGUUGGUUGAUAAGGUCUCAGAUGAUGAAGUUUCCACAACUAGGACGGUCUUGAUGGUUGUUGGAGCAGGCCGAGGGCCUCUCGUAAGAGCAUCAUUGCAGGCUGCAGAAGAAACUGGUCGGAUGCUAAAAGUAUAUGCAGUGGAGAAAAAUCCUAACGCAGUUAUUACUCUUCAUAGUUUGAUCAAAUUGGAAGGGUGGGAAAGCAUGGUUACUAUUAUUUCUAGUGACAUGCGGUGCUGGGAUGCUCCUGAAAAAGCUGAUAUUUUGGUCAGCGAGUUGCUUGGGUCCUUUGGUGAUAAUGAGUUAUCUCCUGAGUGUCUAGAUGGUGCCCAAAGAUUCUUGAAGCCUGAUGGGAUUUCUAUUCCUUCAUCUUACACAAGCUUUAUCCAACCAGUAACUGCAUCGAAACUACACAAUGACAUUAAAGCACACAAAGAUAUUGCACAUUUUGAAACGGCAUAUGUUGUCAAGCUACACCGAGUAGCAAGACUUGCACCUCCACAAGAGGUUUUCUCUUUCGCACAUCCAAACUUCUCACCAAAGGCCACCAACCAAAGGUAUACCAAGUUACAGUUUGAACUACCACAAGACACAGGAUCAUGCCUUGUGCACGGAUUCGCUGGAUAUUUUGAUGCCGUACUAUAUAAAGAUGUCCAUCUAGGAAUUGAGCCGAACACAUGUACACCAAACAUGUUUAGCUGGUUCCCAAUCUUUUUCCCACUGAGGAAGCCCAUAUACGUGCCGUCAGAGUCGCCCAUAGAAGUGCACUUUUGGCGAUGCUGUGGUGCCACCAAGGUGUGGUACGAGUGGGCUCUGGUGGCUCCGUCUCCAUCCCCGAUCCAUAACAGCAAUGGCCGGUCAUAUUGGGUCGGUCUAUAAGUUGGAAAAUCAGAAUACUCUGUGUCGGUUUUUUGAGAGAGAAGAAAUUGUCGAUCAUAUGCUUGGUUUUUGAGUGUGUCCAGCUACCUGGAUCAAAGAAACAGAUCUUAGAACCUGGAUACAGGCACAUGCUGUAACUCGCAAGCUUUUGCUUUGUAACAUCUUUUACUUCUUAUUGUUGUUGCCGCGCUAA